AUGGGUAUAAAAGUGCGGUGGCUUCUUGGCCAGAGCCGCAGAAGGAGUUCAGCCCUGGACAAGCACAGAUCGAGCAGGAUGCCGUGGUUGCCAAUUUCCAUAACAGCGCUGGCGCUACUUAGCCUGGCUAGUAAAGGAUAUGCCAAUCUAUACUCCAGCGAUGGAGUCUUCGAUGAGUUGGUGGGUCUAAGGAGCUGCGAACCGCAAUGUCUGGAACAGCAGGCGGAGGAGCAGCAAUCCGAUCGCAGCAGUUCAUCCAAAAUGCUGAGUGCUCUUUUCGGUUUUGGUCCUAGUACUCCACAUCCCACAGAGAUUGCGAUGGCGGUGCCACAUCAGCUGCCGCCCAUGUAUUACAACGAUUUCUAUGAGGAUUUGCUGACCACCAAACGCAACGAUGUCCAUUCCACUGGCUGCGAUUGUAAAGUCACGAACGAACUCUUGGAUCUGGGCAGACUGCAUUUUCCUCGCUACCUGAUGAAUGCUGUUUGCGAAUCGCAUUCCGGACGGGAUUUGGUCAAGUGCACCCAUGGAUCCCACUGCAGGCCACUGGAGUACAAGGUUAAGGUACUGGCACAGGGUCUACAGUCGGACCAUGAACAUGCCAACUCUUGGAUGAGCAACGAGCAAUCGUGGCAGUUCAAAACCGUCACCGUAAACGCCGGCUGCUUUUGCGCCAAGUGAUUGAGAAACGAUGAGGAACUGCCGAUGUGUGAAUGUGUAAUAUUUCUAUAUAUUAAAGCGCCAAAAAGA